AUGGGGCAUCGACGUUUUCUUGAAGAUAAUCAUAGGUUUCGAAGGCAAACCAUCACUUUUAAUGGUCGUCGAGAGCAUCGUAGUGCACCAAGGCAGUGGACUGGUUUACAAUGUCUCGAAGAACUUUCUACAUUGAGAUUUACUUUUGGAAAACCAAACAAGGAUGCUUCAGUUGGGCAACGCAGAAGAAGAGCUUCGAGCAGUACAAGUAGUAACAGUCAGUGGAAGAAGAAAUCGAUUUUUUAUGAACUACCUUAUUGGAGGCAUCUGUUGAUUAGACACAGUCUUGAUGUUAUGCAUAUCGAGAAGAAUAUAUUUGACAGUGUGGUGGGAACAUUGCUAGAUAUAGAAAAGUCUAAAGAUGGAUUGGCGGCACGUGCAGAUCUUGAAUUCUUGAACAUAAGACAUAGUCAACACCCACGUAGAGAAGGAAAUAGAACAUUUCGACCUCCAGCAUUGUUCACAUUGAAAAGAGAAGAAAAAACUGCGUUUUGUAAAGUAUUGUCUACUAUUCGGGUCCCAGAUGGAUAUUCAUCAAAUCUGUCGCGAUGUGUGCACGUGAAUGAACGAAAAAUACAUGGGUUGAAAAGUCAUGAUUGCCAUGUUUUAAUGCAGCAGUUACUCCCGCUUGCAAUACGUCUGGUUUUGCUUAAAGCUGUUACUAUGGUUUUAUUAGAGUUGAGUGCAAUUUUCAGACAGUUAUGUAGUAAGAAGGAGUCUGAGGAAGGAUUUAAGCAACUGAAUUCAAGAAUUGCCUUGACAUUAUGUCAACUUGAGAAAAUAUUCCCUCCUGCAUUUUUUGAUAUAAUGGUGCACCUCCCAGUUCACUUGGCAGAUGAAGCAGCUCUUGCAGGGCCUGUUCAAUAUAGAUGGAUGUAUCCAAUUGAACGGUAUUUGCAAACACUUAAGCGCUAUGUUCGUAAUAAAGGUCGUCCUGAAGGUUCUAUUGCUGAAGCAUAUUUGGUGGAUGAGUGGUUGUCAUUUUCUUCCAUGUAUCUUAGAGACGUUGAGUUUCGUCGUACCCGUAAAGGCCGAAAUGAAGAUGGUAUUGGACGUGGAGUAUCUGGUGGGUUAUCAAUUUUUGACUCGAAAGGAUGUUAUAUGGGUUCAGGAGAAAAUGUGGAGCUCGAUCUAAAUGUUCUUGAUCAGUGCCAUAGAUACAUUCUAAAUAAUUGUGAUGAGGUUAGCCCAUUUAGAAGGCAACAUGAAGAAUUCUUGAAAACUAAACAUCGUCGAGAAAGGUUAACUAUGCGAGAAAUUAAGGAGCUAAGCAAGAAAGAAUUUCCAGAAUGGUUCAAGCAACAUAUGAAUUCAAGAUAUGAUGCUAAUGACACAUUGAUAUCUCAAGACUUGCAUUGGCUAGCUAAUUAUCCUAGUAGGGUUGUGAGUAGAUACAAAAGUCACAUUGUUCAUGGAUUUAGAUUUCGUAUAAAAUCUGUGGAUGAUAAGCAUAAGAAUCAAAAUUGUGGUGUCUUUGUACCUGCAAAUGUUCCUGGAGCAAUUGGGCAAGUGAAUUGUUAUGGCAGAGUUGUAGAUAUGUUCGAGGUCAAAUAUUGUGGUCCUACUGAAGCAGGAGAUAGAGGUCGAGCUGUGAUGUUAUUUAAGUGCGAAUGGGUUAAUAGUGAAAGUCCACGAGGAAUGAAGACUGAUCAAUAUGGAUUUACUAUGGUGAAUUUCAAUCAAUUGGGAUUUAAAGAUGAUCCUUUCAUACUAGCAUCACAAGCAUUACAUGCAUUUUACGUGGAGGACACGAUUGAAAAAGGUUGGCACGUAGUUGUUCGAACUCAGCCAAGAGAUUUAUUUGACGUGUUAGAGGAUAGUGAUGCUAUUGAUGAUUAUGCCAUGCCGAACUUGGAUGAUCGAAUUCUUGAUAAUGAAAAUUUCCUUACAAGGGUUGACGUGGAAGAGACUCCCUUUCUUGAAUCAUUAGCGUUGCCUACCGAGUUCGUUAAUCAUGCAAAUACCGACGAUGAGUUAACAGAUGAUGACAGGGAAUAA